CCCACAGGGAGCUGCGGGUCCGGGCUGGGCGCUGCCUGGCAGGGCGUCUCGCGGCCCGUCGCUUAUUUAACCCCGGGCGCGGCGCGGGGCGGGGCGGUGCUUACACAACUGUCGGAGAGGCGCCAUGUCCUGGUACCGGAACUCCGUGUGGUUUCUGAAGGGGCUGCGGGAGUUCACCAGGAGUGGCUAUGACUCUGCAUCCAAACACUUUGUUCCGGCAGAUUUGGAGGUAAAUGUAACUGGAAGAUCCUUCGUGAUUACUGGAGCAAACAGUGGUAUUGGCAAAGCAACUGCAAUGGAGAUAGCAAAGAGAGGUGGCACACUUCAUCUGGUUUGCCGAAAUAAAGAGAGAGCUGAAGAAGCUAAAAGAGAAAUAACAACAGAAACUGGUAAUCAGAAUAUCUUUUUGCACAUUCUGGAUAUGUCUAAUCCCAAGGGAAUUUGGGAGUUUGCUGAAAAAUUCAGGACUGAACAUAAGUUAAAUGUCUUGAUCAACAAUGCAGGCUGCAUGGUAAACAGAAGAGAAGUAACAGAGGAUGGACUUGAAAAGAACUUUGCUACAAAUACCUUGGGUACAUACAUUCUCACAACUGCUCUACUGCCUUUGCUGGAAAACGAAGAUGAUCCCAGAGUUAUAAUUGUCUCUUCAGGAGGGAUGUUGGUUCAGAAAUUGGAUGUAUCUGAUUUGCAGUCCGAAAAUGUAACAUUUGAUGGUACAAUGGUCUAUGCCCAAAACAAGGUACAGUAUGUAGAUUUGAAAGUAAACCGUAUAACUUGGAUCAGACUGUGUGAUACAGCUUCCUUUAAAACAGGCUGCAAAUCGGAUGGCUAUUGACAUGGGCUUGCUCUUUUCAUUGCAUCUAAACUAGAUAUAGUGCAGCAUGCAACAUUUCUUAUCAAUACAGUUCAUUUCCUGCUGAAACUGAAAUUAAUGUUGCAUAUUACAGUAAAGAUUACGGAGAAGCUUGAGGAGGGGGUGAUUCUUGCACUUUGUGAGAGCAAUAUGAGUGUUCAGUUUCACCCAACACCAAAAAUUUUGUAGAAGAGGUUGAGUGGAAAAUUGGCCUGGAUUAGUGUUUUUUGUUUUUUUCUCAUUCCAUUUCUACUCCUGUAUUUAGCCUGCAGAAAAUGGAGUUGGUGAAUGAAACCUUCUUGAACUUACAUUAGCAAAAAGCUUUAAUGACAAACAAACAAGAGUUAAUACCUAUUGCUGCGUACGUAGGUUGCCUUUACCACUCUACAGUGGUGUCUGACGACAUUAUCUUGAAGAGCUCUAUGUAGCUCGAAAGCUUGUCUCUUUCACCAGCAGAAUUUGGUCUGAUAAAAGGUAUGACCUCGCCCAUCUUGUCUCUCAGAGGGUAUGUCUACACUACCCGCCAAUCCGGUGGGUAGUGAUCGAUCUAUCGGGGA